UCCAUGACUUCAGCGAAAUAACAGGGAGCAAAUUAAUGACACCUGCUGACAGCCCAGUCAUGAAAGAACGCCAGGAAUCUCCAGGUGGCUGUUCAUGGAGAAACAUGUGGAGAUUCGGCAGGCGAAGCAAAAAGCCUUCCCCCGCCAGGCAUGUGUAGUAGUAACCUGUGAAAGAAAAAGCAAGAAAGUGAUGGAAACUUGGAACCAGCAGUCAACUGGGAAAGCUCUGGAUUGCCCUGUUUCUACUCUUCUUCCUCUGUGUAAUGGUUCAAAUCUUUGAGAAGUUACAUUACACCAGCAACUGUAGAUGUGAUUUCAGACAGAAUCAGCUUGAUCUCCAAGAGAGCAGAGGCAAUGAGAAUUCCUUCCAGUUUCAAGUGAACCCAAGCUCCAUCCCUCUUCAUUCAGAACGUGAACAGAAUAGGACCACUCAAGACAAGGAGAACAGACUGUUGCCAAAAACUGCAGGGAAGAAAAGACCUGCCAUGAGACCAAGCAUGGCAUUUGACAAAGCCAAACUUCUGGAUGCUAGCUGGGGCAGUGAAGAAGACCCCUGGCAAAAAAUGCUUUCAGAGGAGAGGGAGAUGUUGCAGGUCCUCCAUGAAACAAACCAACCAGACCCAAAAAAUCACAGCACUGGAAAAAUCCCUGUAAGAAACCAAGGAGCACUGAUCAUUACUGACAAUAUGAAUUAUAUUGGUACAACAAACACUAGAAGUUUCUUGAUUCAAGAGGCAAAUCCCACAACAGGGAUCAUUGCAAAGGAUCAAAACUCAGAAGUUUGGGGGCCACAAAGAAGCCAUGCUUCCAGAGAUUCAACAAGGACUAAACCAUGGGCUUUUGCUAACCUAAGAGACAAAAUGCCAUCUGCGGUGGCUUUGACAAAAGUACCCAAUAGGCCAACUCAACCAGAAGAAAUUAUUUUUUCAAAGGGUCAAAGAACAUCUGGGGCCAGCAUACCUGUUCUCUCUCAUCCUGCAACAUGCAAGCCUAAGACUCGUAUUGUUUUCCUAAAAGUGCACAAGAGUGCCAGUAGUACUGUCAUGAACAUCUUGUUCCGUUUUGGAGAGACUCACGACCUUACUUUUGCCUUGCCUGUCAAUGGAGCCAGUCAGUUGUAUUAUCCAUUUUAUUUCACAGCUGCAUCAGUGGAAGGUUAUGUUCCAGGCAAGGAUUCCCAGUUUGACAUUAUGUGUCAUCACAUGAGAUUCUUUGAGCCAGAGGUUGCUAAAGUAAUGGGAAAUACUUCCUUUUACUUUGCCAUCCUCCGGAAUCCUGUUUAUCUCAUGGAAUCUUCAUUCAAUUAUUAUAAAGGAACAUCGUCAUUUGCCAAAGCCAAAAGCUUAGAGGAAUUUCUCAACCAGACUUCCCGGUUUUACAAUGCCUCAGCCAGGGAUAGCCCCUAUGCCAAAAAUUUAAUGACCUUUGAUUUUGGAUACAACAACAAUGGAAACUUCUUCCCGAAACGUAUCCAACUCACGGUGAGAGCCAUUGAGGCAAAAUUUGACCUUCUCCUGAUCUCAGAAUAUUUUGAUGAGUCCAUGGUGCUGCUGAAGAAGCUCUUGUGUUGGGACCUGGAUGAUGUGGUCUCCUUCCCUCUCAACAGCAGGCACAACAGCUCCAAGAACCAUCUCUCAGAAAGCACCAUAGAGCAGAUCAAGAACUGGAACAAGCUAGACUGGGAACUUUAUGUGCAUUUCAAUAGGACCUUUUGGGAAAAGAUAGAUUUGCACAUUGGUCAGGAGCUCAUGCAGCAGGAAGUGAAGUUGCUUCAACAGAGACGCAAGCAGCUGGCUGAGAUUUGCCUUCAAGAAGGUGGAGGCAUAGCCCCCAAGAUGAUUAAGGAUCGGGAAUUGGCACCAUUGCAAUAUGGAAAGGCAAAAAUCCUGGGCUAUAACUUGAAGGAUGGGCUAGAUAAUGCAACAAGGCAGAUGUGCCAAAGCUUGGUGACACCUGAACUUCAGUAUAGUAAACUCCUAUACAGGAAGCAGUUUCCCAAGAAAGCUUUGAAGCUCAGCAAUUCAGCUCGCUUGGCAAAUCUACACUACCGCAGGACAGUUUGAAAACAAAACAAUGAGACACAUAUUUGUUAGGCUCUGAUACACAUUCUGACAUGAUCAAGACUGGCUAGGCUGCUGGCCUGAAGAAGAAUGGAAAGGGCAGCUACAGAAUAUGCUAAUAUCAAAUGCACAUCUUUCAUUAAGUUAUUACUAGCACUUUAAAAUGUAUCAACCUGCUUAUGUGCCUUUCAUCCUGCAUCCUUAAGCAGUCAUACAGAUACUAAAGUCCCUGCAGCUUGGGUGGAAACUCGUGUUUUGUUAGAUGCUACAGUACAAAUCCUUUCCUUCACCAUUUGGUUAUGCUAUCUGGGUCCAAAGGACAUUGGAAUUCAACAUUAUUUGGAGGGCCACAAAUACCCCACCCAUGUCUUAUAGCUUUCUCUUUUCCAUGAUUACUCCAAGGCGAAAAUCACCAUCCAACAGUUAAAAGCUAGAAACAUCCAGACAAUAAUUGUUCCAUAGUAAACUACAUCAGAUACUGCUGAAUUGGCUCCUUGGAGAACUGAGCACAGGAAAUUCUCUCCCAUGAAACUUAUAUCAGAGUACCCUUACAAAUGGAGUACCCUUUCCCCACUUUCCAAAGUACAUAAUCCAACAAAAUAUUUUUGGUACCUAUGACAGGAAAGUUCACAAAAGCUUGUCUCCCAUUGGUUAGCAAUAAAAAAAUAAAAUAACACCGUAAAUUAAAAAACUGCUAGCCUUUCUUUAGACACUAAACCUGCCACCAGACUCAACUGCCUCAACUCUGCCUGAUGUAAGGAACUCUCAAGUUUGAUAUUCCUCUCUCACACUUUCACACAGCCUGCUAUUGUACUGAGGAUCUUUCAUGCAGAACGAUUGGAUUCUGUAUUUCCAAGUAGCAUGUAGGUGUAGAGUAGAUAUGUCGUUUCCCUGUGGGGCGGGGAAGACACAUUUUGAAUCAGGUGUGGAUUGAAACAAAGUUGACAAUUUGUCUCAUGCAAAUAAAUUUAUUUGUGCAUAUUUACCAAGAUGUUACAGGAAAUAAGUUCUGAUAAUCAGAUAAGUGGCAAAAGUGAACCAUGCUAAUCCAGUUACUAUUAUUUUAUCAGCAUGGCAAAAUCUAAUAUAUUCUACCUAACAUAACCAGAGGACCACAUUUUCCUAAUAUAAUCUACAAUGAUGAUUUGUGACACACUACGUGAUUACACUUCUUGUUGCUUCUGCACCCAAAUGUUUUCCUGAAUAGUGUUUUUAAAAUAUUGUCAACAACAAAACCAACUCAUUUGUUUUGUUUGUAAGCAUAUUGCUUGUGUCUCCCCCUUUAUAAAGCCCAACAAUAUACAACAUAAUGAAACUUUUUUCCAUUAAAAUUCCAUACAGUGUCUGAAACAUCACCUAAAAGCUAGACCUUUUUUAAAAAGGAAAAAGAAAAGAAAGUGUGGAUUUUUUGCAAAAAAAAAAAAAAGUAAAUGCCAGUGAAACAAAUAUUCAUUCAUGGACUAAAAUAUCUCAAAAGACAUACAAUACAAAGUUACAUUUUCUAAAGCUUACUGAAUUCAGUGAGACAGCGUUAAAUAUGUAUUUGCAGGGGGGCUACAACUGAAAUCUUAUGUACAGUUAUUCAGUGAAACUUAAUGCCCAAAUAUUAGAUCGAGCUUUCCAGUGGAUCUUGCCUGCUAAGCAGGAUCAGCCCUGUUAGUACUUGGAUGGGAGCCCACUGAGGAAUAACAGGCACUGUUGGCUAUAUUUCAGAUGAUGGCAAUAACAAGCCGCUUCUGAGUAUCCUUUGCCUCAGAAAGUUUUGAAAUUCAAGGGGUUGUCAUAAAUCAUCAGCUGACCUGAAGGCAUAUGUUUUACUUUUGCCAUCAGGCAAAGUAAAGCAAUUGCCUCCACCUCUCAAGCUGUUUUCUGCAAUAUUAAUUGUUUUAGGGUUCCUACAUUAUUUUUAUUUCUUGAUUGUAUUCAAGCAUAUUCCCCAUCAAUGCUGUAAGAAGACUAAAUUGCAAAUCUAACCAAUUUCUAUAGGUAAAAUUAGGGCAAAGAAUACCAACUGUUUCCACCCAAACAACAAAAUGUCUUGGACCAGCUCUAUGCAGGGUUUCUGAUGGCAGGGUUAUUAUGACACCCUAAAUACUAGAACUCAAUGGAGCAAUGGGUUCAAAUUACAGGAAAGGAUAUUCCACCUAUUUGGAAGAACUUCCUGAAUGAGAAGUAUUCAACUCUCUGCCUCAAAGUGUGGUGGAGGCUCCUUCUUUGGAGGCUUUUAAACAGAGGCUGGAUGGCUAUCUGCUGGGGAUGCUUUGAUUGUGGUUUUCUUGCAUGACAAAGCUUGGACUGGAUGGCCGGGUGGUCUCUUCCAAUUCUAUGAGUCUUAUGAUUCUAAACUUGUUUGUUAAGAAAACUAGCCCCUGAAAGUUCACUGGAGCUUAAUGCCUCCUAAGUAUGGGUAGCUUUAGGCUGAAAUCCAAUUGUUACACUCAAUUAGAAUAGACCCAUUGAAUCAGUUAAAUUUAAAUAAGUGUUGGUUUCCUAAAUUCUGGAUUUUCAUUGCUGUUUUAAGUUUUCUUUGUCGAGAGAAAAAGCAGGGUAUGAAUAAACAUUUCAUCACAAUCACUAUUGCCACCACCAUAACCAUCACCAUCAUCAUAGAUGCAAUGAGUCUCAUACUGGGACUAACAAUUCAGCCUAAACUUUCAUCUUUAAUUGCAACAGGGUUGCCUCCAUUGGCAUUGAAGGUUUUAGAUAAGAGGAGAGGAAAUAGAACAGGAUGAGCACUUAUAGUCCUCAAAAUGUUGUUGAACUGCAACUUACAUUAAUGCCCUAGCUAACUGUCCAGCAACAUCUCAAAAGGCAUCAGUUGCCUACUAGUUCAAUAGAGUUAAAAUGACUCUUUAACUGGUUAAAUAAUAAUUCACCUUGCUCAAUGUUGACAGAGAGAUUUGUACUUUCAGUACAACUAGAGACCUAUCAGCCAAUCUAAAUAGCACGUUUAAUUUAGAUUGGGAAUAGACUGAAUAGUUAUCACCUGUGAGGCAAAACUAUUAAAAGUUCAUUCUGUAUCCUAACAGAGGUGCAAGAGCUAGAUUGAAUUUUGCUAAAGCUGACAUUCUAUAUCCGCAUAUCUCAGAGUAAGCCAAUCAUAUUGAUAUACGGCUUAAGUAUGAGCAGAUAUAUAUCAUUACGCUUCUUUGUGGUUUUGGUUACCUUAAUGUAAAUCCAACUUUACCUUAUAUUAUUCUACAAAAUCAUCUUAUAUCCAUGUCCUUAACAGAGCUUCAGGAGCUACAAUUUCACCCGUUCAGCACCUGUGGAUCACCUCUCUCUUCCUGGCUACUUUUCUAAAAAGGCAAAAAGCAUGCCAACUACUGGAGAAGUGUUUGAGACAUACAGGGCUUUAGCGGGGGGUUAGGGGUUCAACCCCCCCCCCUAAAAAAAUUCAGUUUUUAAAACCUGGUUUACUCGUUAAUUUUAACUGGUUAACCAAAUCCCCAUGAGUGUCCACUGAAGUUUAUUGAUGGAGCCUGAUUCUAAAUUAUUUUGUGUUAUGAAACUACUCUUCAUGAUUCACUUAAAAAAAAGUUUCACCACCCCCCCAAAAAAAUUUUUUUUCUGGUUAUGGCCUUGGGGACGCCUGCUUUUUACAGGGGUCACCUCUAAGUGGAGCCCUCCCCACUUCCCUUUCCCCCUCAGUGCAGAUAGUAGAUGUGUGAGUAGAUUUAUGUUUCUAAAGGUGAAAAUGGGUAACUGGUGGCAAAAAGUUUCAGUUCUUGGAGAAUUUUGGAUUUCUGGACAAGGGAGACUCAAACUGUAUUUGAUGGUUUUGGUUGUUUUUUCUGCCACAAAAUGGUGGAAGGUGUUAGCAGGAUUUUUGUCUCACAUAUUAAAAUAACCUCACUAAUUGUGGGAACUAUGCUCUUUGACUUGGUUGGCUAGGAUUGCCAUUUGUCAAACUACAGGCAGCAUAAGACAUUAGGGCAGUGCCUUAAAUAUCUGAUUUAUUAUCAGCUGUGUUCUCAGUUGACACCCACCCAUCCCAUUUUGUGAGCUGUGCUCUCUGCCAGUCUUCCCCAACCUGGUGUCUUUUAGUUAUGUUGGACAUCUCCCACAACUCAACACAACCAUGUCUAAUGCUGUGUGAUGGUUGCAUCCCAUUAGAAAUGGGGGACACCAGGGUUGUGUUCUGUUUUGUGUUACUUGUGCUUAAUAUAUUUUGUGUUUUGAAAUGUUUUUUCCUGAUCAUUUUCCAUGUGUUGCACACCACCUUGGCCAAGAAUGUGAUACCAUUUAAUAAAAGUGGAAUACACAACAAUUUUUGCAGUGUUUUCUCUAUUAGUAGAGAAGAAUUG